CUUGUGUAGCUACUAUGAAGUCCCUUGAAUGGUGGUGUGUUUGAUUAAAAACGGGAGUCUUUUAGUCAACAUAUAAACAUUCAUUCCUCCAGAUAUUUGGUUUGGGAUAUUAUUUCACUGACAGGUGAGAACCUCUAAGAAAAAAAAGUUCACUUUUUCUUUUAUUUUCCUGUCCAACUGCUACAAGCUUAGGUCAUGUUAUUGAGAUCCUGCUUUAUUGGACAUAGUCAACAAACACACUUCCACCUUCUCAAAACUAAGAGGCCUCCUUUUCUCAUUCUCCUCUUUAGAUGUUUUUCAUUUUCAAACUGUGAGGAAAUGUUUCUGACAAAGCUUCAUUCGCAGACAGAUUUUGAGCUGGAAUUGACUUAUGUUUCAUUGUGUUGCAAAGCCUGCCAUUACAGAAGGGUUUUGUAUCAACCUCAGAGUGACUGUGAACCAGCUACGAUUUUGUGACUAAAACUUGAUUUCAAGAAAUUUGCAUCCUUCUAUUUAAUCAACUGCCAAUGGUAAUACAUGAGCACUGACCACUAACACUGUACAUGGAUGAUCACUGCUAGAGUGAGAACAUGAAACUGUCUGCUGGAGACCAGCUGUGACCUGAAGGGCAGCUUUCAAGAGCGGAUAUUAAAAAGUUCUCUGGAGUCUGUAAGAUUAUGGAGAGCCACAGUAUGAGACCUACUAUGUUGGGGUUCAAAACUGUGCCUCUGAAUCUUGCUGCUGGGGAAACAAGCUUCAUAUAUUUUAAGUUUAAACAUAAUGUUUCAUUAUUCAGACCAUCCCAGAAUUUUUCCUGAGACCUUGGUGAGCAUUGUUGGAUUACUUCUUCAUACUGUGUCGCUGGUGUCACAAAAAAAAAUUGUUGGCUGUGGCUGAUUUAACCAUCAUACUGCAAAAAUGGUACAUUUUCCCGACAAGUCCGAUAACGACACUUUAACCCUUUCAAAAUGUGUUUAAGUGCGACAUCUACUGGAGACUUGCGUGCUAUUUAAAUGGCCACGAAAAAGUCGUUUUCUUUCAACUUUUUUUCUGAUUUGUAAACCAAUCUAUCUUGUCUGUAAAAAUAGUUCAGAACACGGCAGUUAAGAUUUUUAAACAGCUAAGCUUAAUCCAAACACAAAACAAUACAAAAGAAAAGUCAUAGUAGGAACCAAAAAAAUAUAUACAUCCACGUUUCUCGUCGGACAUAUUUGCCAAGCACACAGCGAAAGAAGCGGCGCUUUCUCACAUUUUCUGGAGUGUGGCUGCAGAGAUGGCGACGACAAAGGUUCCAGAGGUUCGUGACAUCACACGCAUCGAGAGAAUUGGUGCUCACUCUCACAUCCGUGGCCUGGGCUUGGAUGAUGCUUUGGAGCCAAGACCGGUCUCCCAGGGGAUGGUGGGCCAGCUGGCGUCCCGUCGGGCUGCGGGGGUCAUUUUGGAGAUGAUCAAAGAUGGCCUCAUCGCUGGCAGGGCUGUGCUAAUCGCUGGCCAGCCUGGCACCGGGAAGACUGCUAUUGCUAUGGGCAUCGCUCAGUCUCUGGGCCCUGACACUCCCUUCACAGCGCUGGCCGGGAGCGAGAUCUUCUCUCUAGAGAUGAGCAAGACCGAGGCACUGAGCCAGGCUUUCAGAAAAGCCAUCGGAGUGAGGAUCAAGGAGGAGACUGAGAUUAUCGAGGGAGAAGUGGUGGAAAUCCAGAUCGACAGACCAGCGACUGGAACGGGUGCUAAAGUCGGCAAACUGACCCUGAAGACCACUGAGAUGGAGACAAUAUACGACCUGGGCAACAAGAUGAUCGAGAGCCUCACGAAAGAGAAAGUUCAAGCAGGUGAUGUGAUAACUAUUGACAAAGCCACCGGCAAGAUCAGCAAGAUGGGCCGCUCCUUCACCAGAGCGAGGGACUACGACGCCAUGGGAGCUCAGACGCAGUUCGUCCAGUGUCCCGAGGGGGAGCUGCAGAAGAGGAAGGAAGUGGUUCACACCGUGUCCCUCCAUGAGAUUGAUGUCAUCAACAGUCGCACACAGGGGUUCCUGGCGCUCUUCUCUGGGGACACGGGGGAGAUCAAGUCGGAGGUCCGCGAGCAGAUCAACGCCAAAGUUUGCGAGUGGAGGGAGGAAGGCAAGGCUGAGAUCAUACCAGGGGUGUUGUUCAUCGAUGAGGUCCACAUGCUGGACAUCGAGUGCUUCUCCUACCUGAAUCGAGCGCUGGAGAGUGACCUGUCUCCUGUCCUCAUCAUGGCCACCAACAGAGGCAUCACUCGUAUCCGUGGCACUAACUACCAGAGCCCACACGGCAUCCCCAUCGACCUGCUGGACCGGCUGCUCAUCAUCGCCACAUCGCCGUACACUGAAAAAGAAAUGAAGCAGAUCCUCAAGAUCCGUUGUGAGGAGGAGGACGUGGAGCUGAGCGAGGAGGCUCACACUGUUCUGACCCGGAUCGGCAUGGAGACUUCGCUGCGCUACUCCAUCCAGCUCAUCAGCACUGCAGGCCUGGUGUGUCGUAAACGCAAGGGAACGGAGGUUCAGGUGGAGGACAUUAAACGGGUUUACUCUCUGUUCCUGGAUGAGGCCCGGUCCUCUCAGUACAUGAAGGAGUAUCAGGAUUCUUUCCUCUUCAAUGAAACACAAUCAGCUCCAAUGGAAACCUCGUAGUAUCAUGAUUCUGUCAGGUGGAAAAUUGCCUUUGGCCCCCCCUAAAUUAAGAAGGACGGCAGACGCCGUCUUCCCUGCUCACAAUGUCUGCUGUAUUUCUGUCGGAAAUUCAUCCUGAGUCAUUGUUCCCUCCUGAGUUUGAAGCAAUUUUUGUGCAUCACUGAGGCCUUUUAGUGAAAGAAAGCAUUCCCUGUGUUACAUUGACGUUUCUUCAUGUCACAUUUUUAAAUAAAUCUUUAUA